AGAUAUGAUGUGAAAAAUUAUUCAGAAACAUAAUCAACUCUAAUGUGCGAGUAUAUAUGUGUGAAUCAUGCUUAUAUCACAAACACAUACUAAUAGACAUGAAGUAGUCGAAACAAGAAGGAAGGUACAAGAUAUAGUAUAGUACCUGGUCGAUCUCAUGACAUGAAAGCAAAGCAGCUGUGCCAUAACAGGACAUGGACAAGAUCUGCAUGAUAUUCAAGUGAUUCAACCUCUGAAAAGCUUUCUCAAAAUCACUCCAUGAUCCCAAGAGUGGGCCAAUGAAACCUUUUACUUGCUAUAAAGCACCUUCACCACCAAACUUCCCAUUCUCCCUAAACAUUGUCUUCUUCUCUUCCAAGAUCCAGUAAAGCUUUCAACAAAACCUUGAAAAUGCAGCCUGGUGAAGUCACAAGUCUCCAAUAUCUCAUCCCCUCCAAUUUAUCUCCGUAUGCUACUCACUUUCCCAUGGCACAGAACAACUUACCUACAAUCCAACUUAAUGAAUUCUCUAAUCCUUUAUAUAAUUUCCAAGGUCCUUCUCAAGUUCAUGAUUUUAGACAGCCGUGUUUGAGUAGCAAUUCAACUUCCGAUGAAGCAGAUGAGCAACAGCAAAGCCUUAUCAAUGAGAGGAAGCAGAGAAGGAUGAUAUCGAAUAGAGAGUCUGCACGACGGUCACGUAUGCGAAAACAGAAGCAUUUGGAUGAGCUAUGGUCUCAAGUGCUUUGGCUAAGGAAUGAGAACCAUCAGCUUAUUGAUAAGCUGAAUCAAGUCUCAGACUGUCAUGACAAGGUUGUUCAAGAAAAUGUUCAACUCAAAGAGCAGACUUCAGAACUUCGUCGAAUGCUUACAGAACUACAGGUCAAUGAUCAUUACCCCAGCUUCAGAGAACUUGAAAAAAUCCCCCCUAACUCACCAUCCGAGAGCUGAGUCUGCAGCAACCAGUCAUGACAAGUUAUAUAGAUAAAGCGAGGGUGAGGAGGAAAUUUUUUCCAGUCCCUUUCUCCAGUUAUGGUUCUUCCCACUUCAGUCUUUUCCUCCGUUCAGUCUGUAGCUUCAUGCACGUAAAGAAGAACUGCAAUAACUUCUGUUUGAGCAUCUUAGUUGAUUAAUGUAUAAUUAUGAUUUUUAUUUUUAGCAUCCAAAGACACCUUGGAGCUUCUGAACUUGAUCCAUAUAGAAACACAGCGAGAGAUCCAUCCUAAUCCUAUUUCAAAUAUAGUUCUAUAAACUAAUGACAAACAAUUUACUAUCUAUACAACAAAAACAGGACAACAAAUUAAGGGCAAUGGUCCUUUGUCUA